CCCCUGCCGCCUCCCCACGCCGUGGCGCAGCGCCAGACUUCAUCGAAGAGAGAUAGCGAUGCAGGGCAUUGUUUCUCCAAAGCUUCUCGAAGGCCCUGAAAUUUUGUUAAAACGCGCUGAUAUGGAGAUCUGUGGUUCUCGAUUGACGCAGGGACGUUCGGUGAUGCGGGCAGGAAAUAAAACUCUGCCAAGUCUUCAUUACCUAAGACGUGACUUCAUCCCCAACAUUCCCCGCACGCUCACACACCCGCGCGGCAGUUUCCUCGUGAGUUGUGAUCAUGUGGGCCAGAUAGGACCAUGCGACCAAAAUUUGACGUUGGCUCGAGCCUCAUCGCCUUGUUGUUACCAAUUUUGCUCCGGAAUAGACAGAGCCUUAUCAGCGUAAUCGGCGCCCCACCUGACUGUGGUUAACUGUUUUUACAAGAGGAAUGCUGCAGAAUAACAGACAUCUGCUGUAAUGGCUACCUCGAAUGAACACAGACGAGUAACGAAGAGAUCCUCAAACGCCUGCUCCAGAUGCCGAAGACAGAAGAUCAAGUGCUCCGGUCAGCAGCCCUGUGCUAACUGCGGCAAGCGAAACUUGACCUGUAUUUUCGAUGAUCGAGACAACAAGAUCUUGGUGACCCAAGGCUACCUCUCAGACCUUCAGGCCAAGGUGGCACGACUCCAGAACGCACAAAACGCGCCUUCCGCUUCCAAUCCACUUCUAGAGAACGAUCAAGAUGCUCGAGCCCGAGCAGAGAGGAGUCACUCUCCUGAUGAGGCUCCCAGGCGGACGGCACAGUCCAGCGGCGGCGGCACUCGAGAGAGCACACCAGGAACAGAUGGACCUCGAGAGACAGCCAACUUAACUAACCCCCUCACUGAAGCCCCUUCCAGGUACAUGGCAGCCUCUAAUGGACAAACUUUUUACAUGGGAACAUCGUCCAAUUGGUCCUUCCACGGUCAGGUUUUGAGCUUGGUUCAUGAGCAUAUGCACAAAUCGCCUCUCCCAGCCGCAGAACUGCUGUUCGAUGGAUCUGCGUACGACCUUCCCUGGGAUGGUACCCGCAGCUUGCCUGAGUCUGCUUCCCCAGUCAUCCCGAGCAUCGACCACGCUAUCUUCUUGAUCAACGCAGUGAAAUUUCAUUGCGCUCAAAUGAUGCAUCUCUUUGAAGAAGAAGAGUUCAUGUUCAACCUGCAUGCUUUCUACUCAGGCACAGGCGACAAAGCUCUCUGGAAAGAGAGUCUCUGGUAUAUCCAUUUCUUGAUGAUCAUAGCGUUUGGCAAGACCUUCGUCCAGCAGAAUAACCAUUCGCCUAGGCCGCCUGGUGCGGACUUUUUCAUUCAUGCUCUUCAACUACUUCCGGACACGAACAAGCUAUGCCGGAACCCUAUCGUAGCAACGGAGGUCCUGUGCUGCAUUGCGCUUUACCUCCAAUCCUUAGACUCUCGCAACGCUGCACACGUCACGAUGGGCCAGGCUAUGCGCAUAGCUCUCAUUCAAGGCAUGCACACAGACAUGCCGGUGAUGAACUUGGGGGAGGUCGUUGUUCAGCGCUGCCGCAAAAUCUGGUGGACCAUCUUCAUCCUUGACCGCCACAUGACCUCCCUCAUGGGUCUACCGCAAACGAUUCGAGAUGAAGACGUGUCAUGUCAGCUCCCGAAUUACCAGAACUCGCCUCAACGAGCAGCUGCAUUGAACAUGCAGAUCAAGCUCGCAAAGGUGCACACUGAUAUCGCGAGCACAGUAUACGGCUCGAAAGGAAGGCUUCGCAAGAAGUUUGUUCUCAGCAUCAAGACGGUUCUCGACAAACUAGCUGGACUAGCAGAAGAGCUCCGCAUUUCGUUUCCUCUACACGCUGAUGAACGUUUUGGCGGCAUUUCCAGGUUACCAGCGCAUUCUCAUUUGUACUACUACCAGACCAUUGUAAUCGUCACUAGACCACUGCUAUUUUGCUGCAUGAAGAAGGUCUUCGAAUCCCCACAGCAGGUCAUUCCUUUGAUCUCUUCACCCAAGAUCCGAAAGGUGCUGCACAUGUCUCUAGAGGCAUCGCAGAAGAUCCUGGCAAUUCUCGAAAGCCUACAAGACCAGGGGCUUCUUGAAACCUUCCUUCCUUGGGAUCUUGACGCGCUAUUCGUAUCGACCAUGGUCCUCAUCUUGACUCGCUUCGUCGAUCCAAGCCUGCUGGACGACCGAACACUCUGGCUGGAGAAAGCGUUCACGCUGAUGGAGACUAUGAUCACCGGCGGCAACCAUAUCGCGGACUACCGCAUGCGCGAGCUGUGCAGGUUAGAUGAAAUGCUCGCAGAACAUGCUGCAAUGCAGGAGCGACCGCCACUGAUGGAGGCGCUCAACCAGCAACAACUCCCUCAGCCCAGCACAAACAUCAUUCAGACCGUGUCAGGAAUCCCCGAGGAUCCUACGAGUGCGAAACCUAUGUAUGCUUCGCCAGAUGGCGGCCCACUCUAUUCAGGGUUCAGCGACGAGGGCAGUGGUUUUGGUGAUGAUCUCACGGCCGAACAGAUUUUGGCAGUUGCCGAAUCUAUGGACAUCGAGGGGACGGAUUGGCUUUCUUUUGGCGUCUUUGACAACUACCAACCUUUGGAAAUGGUGGACCCGUCGAUGCACUGAGGAGCGAGCACACAGUGAUAAGACGCACACGACAGCAUGUACGAAAUAUGUCACGACUUGGAAAUGCAUCAAUAUGAGGUUCGGCUGCAUACAAAUGGAGUUUGGGGU